CCGCCGCGGCCGUGCCAUGCUCUGGUGCUGCUCCCCGUAGUGCGAGCAGGCGACGCGAGGCGAGGAGCACCAGCAGCGCCGGACAGCGCACGCCACGACGACAUGAGGCCAACCCUCGUCGCAGCCGCUCUGCCUCUCCUGCUGAUCACGUGCGUGGCACUAGUGGGGCCGAGCGCGGGCCUACCCGCCCGCGCUUCCUCGGGGCGGCCCCGCCCGCGAGCAGACGACCUGAUCGCGGGAACCGAUUUCCUGUCGGUGUUCAUCGGGUCGUCACUGCCGCGGACUCCCCAGCAGGUGGUCAAACCUAGGUUGCGGGACUCCACCACGGCGCCAGAGGACAUCGGCUUCGGUGCCCGCCUGGCGCCCAAGAGCUCCAGCACCACUCUGACCACUUCCCGUGCCACCCCGACGCCCUUUAGCGCUACCACCGAGACCCCACUCUCUGGGCCGUCCACCCGCCAGCAGGAUUACAGCAGCACUUACGGAAAAUCACCAGCAGAAAGCGACAGCGAGACAUUCCAGUCCUCUACAGAACCCACCCAGCGGAUCGAGGAUUCCGCUUCCGAACUCCACUACAGGACUUACCCGCCACAGAACUCUCCCACGACAUCCGAUGUCACCCUUCCUCCCGACAGUAGUAUAUCGGUAGUCACAGAUAUCGUCACAUCGAAACAGGAACUGAUAUCACUUACCGCCGGAGACCCUACUGAUGGUGACCAACACGCCAGUGACGGCGUACUGUCUGCGUCGAGGAUCACCAGCUUCUAUGUGCAGCAUCAGGAUGAAAACACACGUGGCACUCAGCAUCGUAGCCCUCAACAAAUCUCAACGAAUGGUGCAUACCACAGCAGUAGUCCGCACAACUCUGUGCCAGACCCUAAUGUUCACUAUCAAUCGUCAACAGGCCAAGGUGCCGAGACAGGAAGCUUGUUUCACAGCAGUGUUGGUCCCAGCCCCAGCUAUCACACUGUAACGCUCCACGAGCAGCGUCAAGACCACAGUUACCAGGGACACAGUACUGCCUUUCCCCAGUCCACCUCCAAUUCGUGGUUCUCCUCCCAUCCCACUCAAGCUACUCAAAUAGUUGUUAACCACCCUGGACAGCCGACUUCUCGGCCCGAAAGUUCGACAGUACAACAAGUAAUCUCCGUCCGGGUCUCUUCGUCGGUAGUGCAGGGUCCCUCAUCACCGCCCAACACUGCACGAAGUAAACCGUUCGGUACAUCUCAACCGAGUGAUUCUCCAUUUCACCACAGCAGUGAAUCUUCCAGUCACGACAAUUUUCUUUCUAGUCGGACGGAAGGUGAUGGAGCGAGACAUUACUCGCAGACGUCGUUGCCCGAUUCUGCGCAGGCGUCUCAAGAACGAGCCGUGGAGGACCAGCAGCAGGUGGUCCCCACGUCACUCGUGACCGAGGACCAGCCGGCGGCGACGGCUGUGCAGCGCAGCCAGUUCAGCGUCGAGGAGUCUUCCCCAUCGGACAUCUCGGCGCUGCACGCGCAGCGAGACCACCACAACAGGCAGCACAACUACCACGACGAUGGCAGCGACCAGACGAUCGCCACAGUGGUCGAGGUGCCAGCGCCCGCCGUGGUCAACUACGAGUCACGCGUGUCGUCGCCCACAUCCAACAGCCGCGUCCAGUUCUACAGUGGGCCACCGCCGAGCCAACCUGAGCCCGUGAGGCGCCACGGCUGGACUCCUCAGCGCGGUCGCAAGAGCUUCGGUCACCAAGGCCAGCAGCAGCAGCAGCAGCACCAUCAACAACAGCAGUCGCAGCAGCAGCAGGACCAGCAGUCGCAAGCUCACCAACACCAGAGCCACUCUGAACCCUCAGAGCACAACUACGAGCAACCGGAGCAGAACUAUGAAGUGGACGAGCAGCUGAGUGUGGUCACCAAUGGCCGUGCACACGGCAUUCAGCCCCAAGACGCGUCACAAACCACUCAGCCCUCGACGGCCCCUGUGUCUGCGCCAGAAAAUCCGCAGGUGGACAGCGCAGGCAACAAGGCCGGCUACGUGGUGGAGGGCCGCGGCUUCCGCAAGUACCGCGUCGAGGAACGAACCCCGGACGGCUUCAUCGUCGGCGAGUACGGCGUCGUCAACAGCGAGGGCGACCCCCUGCGGGCGGUGCGCUACACGGCCGACGGCACCGCCCCCACCAAGCUCAUCGACCAGGCGCUCAGCCACUUCCUCUCCCUCUGACGUCACUGCCCGCUGGACGCCACGCCCACCGCUACCUGCCGACUCUGCGACUGCUCCGCGAUGCGCAGGUGCCACCAGUCAGUUUCCCGGACCUGCUGGCUGUGAUCUGUGUUUUUAGGUUCGAUAAGAAAGCCACUGUAAAAUUGUUGUCAAUACACGUUGCUAUUCUCAAAA